ACAUAAUCUCUCCCACCAUUUCCCAAUUCCGACUGUCAUGAGCCUUGUAUCGCUUCCCAGAGCCUCCAAUAAGCAUGGCGAGCGGCUCUGCCCCUCCCAACGCCCACUUCGUCGACAUCCACCUGGUCCUCGACGACGAUAACAGAAGCAGCCGUAACAAGCUCGGAAAGCAACCAACGAACGGGCCUGUCAAGUUUCGAGGUGGCGGAGGCGGAGAGCGAAAGCCACAGACCCAUAGGAAUCUCAGUCGGCAGGUCUCCCUUGAGACCGGCGUCGCUGCGCUCUGCAUGGAAAAGGAGUUGAAGGGUAGUAGCAGCAACGGAAAGCAGGAGCCGAAGGUUCUGUCUCGGAGUGGGAAGAGCUUAGCUAGUGGUCUCAGAGACGGCGUUGGCGGUGGUGUGGAGACCUGUGCUCGGAAGGGAGACUUCAGCAUCUUCCGAACAAAGUCCACACUCACCAAGCAGAACUCAUUGCUUCCCUCGAGGAAGGACGGCGAACUCGAUCUCCACAACUUGGAAGGCAUCGCCGGAGCCGAACCAGAUGACCCGGUUAACGAGAGUGUCCCCGCCGGAAGAUACUUUGCCGCCCUUCGAGGGCCCGAGCUCGACCAAGUCAGGGACUACGAGGACAUCCUCCUUCCCAAAGACGAAGUGUGGCCGUUCCUCCUCCGCUUUCCAAUCGGAUGCUUCGGUAUGUGCCUCGGCCUCGGUAGCCAGGCCAUCCUAUGGGGAGCUCUCGCAUCGAGCUCCGCCAUGAAGUUCCUCGACGUGAGCCCCAACAUCAACCUCUCUCUCUGGCUCCUUGCACUCGCCGUCCUCGUCUCCGUCUCCAUCACCUACGUCCUCAAGUGCGCCUUCUACUUCGAGGCCAUCCGCCGUGAGUACUUCCACCCAGUGCGAGUCAACUUCUUCUUCGCCCCCUGCAUUGCCGGCAUGUUCCUGGCCAUCGGAGCUCCGCCGGCGUUCGCACCGAAGCAGCUCCAUCCCGCCAUUUGGUGCGCCUUUAUUGCUCCGGUGUUCCUCCUGGAGCUCAAGAUAUACGGGCAGUGGCUUUCCGGAGGGAAGCGCCGGCUGUGCAAGGUGGCCAACCCAUCUUCCCACCUGUCGGUGGUCGGCAACUUCGUGGGCGCCGUCCUCGCAGCCAAGGUGGGGUGGGUGGAAGCCGGCAAGUUCCUCUGGGCGAUCGGGCUGGCACACUAUCUCGUCGUGUUUGUGACCUUGUACCAGAGGCUGCCCACAAACGAGGCCUUGCCCAAGGAGCUGCACCCCGUCUACUCCAUGUUCAUCGCCACACCGUCGGCAGCGAGCAUCGCGUGGGACGCCAUCUACGGCAGAUUCGACGCCGUGUCGAGAACCUUCUACUUCAUCGCACUCUUCCUUUACAGCUCCCUCGUCGUGCGCAUCAAUUUCUUCAGAGGAUUCAGGUUCUCGAUGGCGUGGUGGUCCUACACGUUCCCCAUGACGACGGCGUCGCUGGCAAGCAUCAAGUACGCCGAGGAGGUUCCCUGUUUCUUUAGCAAGGGGCUGGCGCUGAGCCUCUCUCUCAUGUCGUCCACCAUGGUGUCGCUGCUUUUCGUAUCGACGCUCCUCCAUGCAUUUGUUUGGCGUUCCUUGUUCCCGAAUGAUCUCGCUAUUGCCAUCACCAAGAAGAGACAGUGCGGAUCCAAGUCACAGGGCAAGGAGAAGAAAGCUGUCAAAAAGGCCUAUGAUAUCAAGCGCUGGGCAAAGAAUUCUUCGCUUUCCCUUGUUUCUUCCAUCACCAAGAGCAAUUCUGGAGAUAAGGACUCCAAUGCGAGCUAAAAAGGGUUGCGUCACGUUCGUCGCAUGAAGAGAAAUAGCAUAUAACAUCUGGCGGAUCAACUAGAACAGAAAAUAUGCAGCUUUGUGGAAUUUAUGAUUGUUUUAAGAAAAUCGAAAGAGGGUUCACAAGAAAUUAGUAUUUAUCAGAAAAGCAGUUUCCAUUGCUUGGCUUGAAAAAUUAAAAGCUGGAUCGUUUAGCAUUUUAGUGAUCCAUUGAUUUCAAAAUUCUUACAAUCAGAAAUUGUAUGUCUCAAAUAUUUGGUAUGGGAAAGGUUGCUCCAAGUUAACCAUAUCACGAAAGAAAUUCUGCUUUAUUUGGCUUAUACAAUGAACAAACAAACAAUUUCAUCUCUGCCACCGUAAUAGAUGGCAACUGUAAAGAAAAGAAAACAUACAUUACCAUUGUGGAUAAGCAACUGUGUGUGCAAGUACCUGAGAAGCUCUCUCGUGUAAUCUAAAUAUUCCAAAGCAAAGAUCGGAUCGGUAACACCUGUACAACUCUCACAACUAAAAUCAGCAUCACAUCAAUUAGUCAUGCUUCAGAUUUCUCUACCAUUCCAUUAGCCAGAUCGCUAACAAGCCUGAUCACCAAAGGGAAUCCCCCAUUUACAAAAACUGAUGAGAUGGUGUAACUUGAGAUCGAAGGUUCAGCAAUGCCAAAAAUUUGCUG